CCUGCUCGCCCGGCCCGCGACUCAUGUCCCGCCGCAAGGCCGGCUGCACGCCCCGCCGAGUAGACCCCGAGCCCGCCGCCGGCACAGACGACGAGAUGGAGAUACCGGACCUCAUCAUCGAAGUGAAGCCCGAGCCAGAGCCGCGGCCCCUACAGGCCCAGUGGCUGGGGCCCUUCAACCUGAAGGAAGCGCCGGCGGCGGGGCAGUUCGAAGACGAGCCCCGCCACUCUCACGGCGUGGUGCCCGGGCUUGGCGCCCCCCGCCACGACCCCGGCGUGCGGAACCAGUGGCUGUGUACGCCACUGACCUCGAACCCCCUGGACCGCCAGCCCUGGACCGACAAACACCCCGAUCUGUUGACCUGCGGCCGCUGCCUGCAGACCUUCCCGCUGGAGGCUAUCACUGCUUUCAUGGACCACAAGAAGCUGGGCUGUCAGCUCUCCAGAGGCCCCAGCCCUUGCCAGGGCUCAGACCGCGAGGACCUGAAGGCCCUGAGCUGCCUCCGCUGUGGCAGACAGUUCGCGGGGGCCUGGAAGCUGCUGCGCCACGCCCAGUGGGACCACGGACUGUCCAUCUACCAGACGGAGCCCGAGACCCCAGAGGCCCCGCUGCUGGGCCUGGCAGAGGUGGCUGCGGCUGUGUCAGCCGUGGUGGGCCCAGAAGCCGAGGCCAAGGGCCCCCGGGUGAGCAGCCUCAGCCGGCGCAGCCCCACCUGCCCUGUGUGCACCAAGACCCUCAGCUCCUUCAGCAACCUCAAGGUGCACAUGCGCUCACACACGGGUGAGCGGCCCUAUGUCUGCGACCAGUGUCCCUACGCCUGCGCCCAGAGCAGCAAGCUCAAUCGCCACAAGAAAACCCACCGGCAGCUGCAGCCCCAGAGCCCGUGCCUGGCCGAUACCAGUCAGGAGCAGGCGUCUGCGGCUCCCCCGGAGCCAGCUGCCCAUGCCGCUGCCCCGGCCAGCACCCUCCCGUGCCGGGGAGGGGAGGGCGCUGGGGCCGCCGCCACAGCAGGUGUCCAGGAACCAGGGGCUCCUGGUGGGGGGGCUCAGGUGGGCCCUGGUGGGGAAGGCUGGGGAGCCACCACGAAGGAACAGAGAACUGACCCUGCAAAGAACCAGAAGAUGUCGCCAAAGAAGACCCCCAAGGCAGUGGGCAAGAGCCGUGGGCCAGGGGGCAGCUGCGAGUUCUGCGGGAAGCACUUCACCAACAGCAGCAACCUGACGGUGCACCGGCGCUCACACACGGGCGAGCGGCCCUACACCUGCGAGCUCUGCUCUUACGCCUGCGCCCAGAGCAGCAAGCUGAACCGCCACCGCCGCAUGCACGGCCUGGGGCCUGGCAGCACCCGCUUCGAGUGCCCCCACUGCUGUGUUCCCUUCGGCCUGCGUGCCACCCUGGACAAACACCUGCGGCAGAAGCACCCCGAGGUGGCAGGGGAGGCCUGAGCAUCAGGAGUACCCUCCCUACCGCCCCUGUUAACACUUCUGUUUGACCUAAUCUCCCCUAUGCUGUGAGUAAAUCCUC